UUGUGGCUAAUGAUCUAUGCUAAUAAUACGUAGCUAACGAUUCGCAGUUGUUCACAGCUUUCUACAGCGUAGGACCUUCCACUGUGUCCCUUCACGUUUGUCCGCGGCGUUUGUGAGGUUGAGAAGCCGCCUCGCGUCUCCGUCCGCUCGCUGUUUGUCGGCGAACGCUUCUCCGCUAGCUGUUAGCCUGCGAGGCUCGUCGGGCUCCACGAUGGAGGGCAGCGCCAGCGUCAGGAGAGCCCUGUGCGGGACUCUUGUCCCCGCGGCGGUGACCACCAUGGCCAUCCGGCAGCAGCCAGAUAAUAAAGACACGGGGAGGCCGCACAGGAAGGUCCUUGACGAAGACCAGUACAUCGAGAACUUGGAGAAGAUCAUCCAGAGGGACUUCUUCCCCGAUGUGACCAAAUUGCAAGCGCAGAAGGACUAUCUGCACGCGGAGGAAUGUGGAGACCUGGCAAGAAUGAGGGAGAUAUCCAUCCGAUAUGGAUCAUCCGUGACCAAAUCUACACCACGAUCUUCUGCACCUUAUGUGACUCCAGCCAGCUUUGAGACACCAGAGGGCUACGCGGCGUCUCCCUCCUCCAUUCGUAGCGGUAAAGGAUUAGAUGGAGAAGGCAGAGAUGAUUACAAGGAAGAAAAAGAGCUUCCCCCCCUGGAUCGAUUCCUGGCUAAAAAUACCAGUGAGGAUAAUGAAUCGUUUGAGCAGAUAAUGGAUCUGGCUAAAGACAAGGAGAAAGUGAAGCAUUCCUGGUUAUAUGAGGCUGAGGCUGAAUACAAACAGCGCCACGACGAGAACCUUGCUUUACCAUCUAUGGAGAAAGCCGCACUGGAAUGUGUCAAAGCUGGACUCGAAACAUGGGAGUACAAAGCAAAGAAUGCCUUGAUGUAUUAUCCAGAGGGUGUUAAAGAUGACGAUGCUUUGUUUAAAAAACCACGGGAGGUAAUUCACAAGAACACGCGUUUUGUCGUAGACCCCUUCAGCAAAGCUCUCAACAAAAGCCAGAUUCAACAGGCCGCGGCUCUGAAUGCACAGUUCAAACAAGGUAAAGUUGGCCCUGAUGGGAAAGAGCUCAUCCCACAUGACUCCCCAAAUGUGAACGGAUAUGGUUUUGAGAGAACGCCUUCCCCUGCACCUGGUGUAUGUGACUCACCUCUGAUGACAUGGGGUGAGAUCGAGAGUACACCCUUUCGUCUGGAUGGGUCUGACACACCAUAUGUUGAGAGGAAUCACGGUCCGUCAUUUAAGAUUCCAGAGCCUGGGCGGCGAGAGAGGCUGGGUAUAAAGAUGGCAAAUGAAGCUGCUGCUAAAAACCGUGCAAAGAAAAAGGAGGCAUUUCGAAAAGUCACAGAGAACCUUGCAAGUCUGACACCUAAAGGUCUGAGCCCAGCCCUCACCCCCGCUCUGCAGCGGCUCGUCAAUCUGACGUCUAGCAAAAACACGGACAAAGCGCUGAGAGCAAGCUACACCCCAUCUCCCUCACACAGAGCCCCUGUUUCUCCCUUUGGUUGUCUAACCCCAUCAGGAACGCCAACACCAGACAAAAACAAGACACCAGGCUCUCAGGACGUUGCAUCACUCACAGACAAUCUGCUGCAGCUUCCCAAGAGACGGAAAGCCGCCGACUUUUUCUAAAGAGGAGAAGCUUCUCUGAUAAGACGUUGUAUUGUGGAAAAGUUUAUAAGAAACUAUCCACACCCAUUUUUUCUGUGAUUUAAAAGCACAUCUUUCGACUGGAUGGCUUGAUAAAUAAAAUGUACGGUGGACUGAUGUAUUUCUAAGGAUUUAUUUGUCUCAUGUUUGCACCGAUGGGUUGCUGUAGAUCCCAGGGAAAUAUGUUUUCCAAAUUCUAUGGUAUUAUUUGUUUGUUAUAUUAUAUUUUGUUUUGGUCUCAAAUAUAAAGUUUCUUGUUUCAAUUUCUGCCACUUACGAACAGCACAUCCUGAACUGAUAUUUUAUAUAAUUAAACCCCUCAUUUUUUGGGGGAGAAUUUCAUGUGGAUUUUAACACAAUUUACACAAUUGCCUUUGGCCCAGUUCUUCAUACAUGUAGCCAAUGGCCUUUUAGGGUCUCCCUUCAAAUGUAAAGGUGUGUUCAUGCCUGUCAGCAUUGAAGCUACAUCAAGAAAUAUUCAAACAUGUACUCAAAUCUGUUUCUUUGAAAUAUCUGAGGUUACAGGGUACCUCAGGGCCAUCUUUUAAUAAAAUGAGGUUGGCCUGUUGGGAAAGUCA